UACUUCGCAUUUCAGUUGCACGACUUCACACCACGUCGACAGUGGCGUUUGCUGAGAGCACCAUCAAUAACAUAAACAACAGCAAUAAAAGAAAGCAACCUACCGACCGGCCGCCCGAUGCCUUUGCCGACGCAUGGCAAUAUUGAUUUUUCCACCUCUUCCAGUCGUUUUUCAUACGCUUAUAUGCUGCGCCGUCUCUCAGUCUGUGGGGUGGUUCGUCGUUGUGUGGAAGUCUUUGAGUUUUGGUUGUCGGGCCAGUGCGUUUGCGUUAAUGAUUUGUGAAAAAUGCUAAAACAAUAGUGAAAUGAAAUUGUGCGCAGUUGAAACUUUUCAAGUCUUCAUCUAACUAACUCUUCCUUGGUGUUUCAGGUGAAAUAACUCUUAUCUCCUGUGAGCACUGCAUGUGCUGAAAUGCUACUUCUAUUGUAGUUGCUUUGUGAAACGCUGUAAACUUGACCAAAGAUUGGGCCUGGAGCCCAACAUAUUAAACAUAACUUUAAAUAUCUUCAAAAGUAGACGAAUAGUAUAAGGAAAAUAUGAAUGUGACAACAGUUUCCACUGGCACUAGCACUGGUACCAUUCACGCAACACAACAAACGACCAAAACAUACAAAAUUGAGAUGUUGGAUGAUGGCCAGCUGAGCAUGGCCUCAGAUGAUGACGACGAUGACUUAAUUAACAGUGACGACAGUCUUUAUGAUGACGCCGACUUGGCGCAUAUAACAGUGCAGGAUGAUGUGGCAAAUCAAUUGGCAGCAGCCGGUCCAGUAGGUGUGGCAGCGGCAGCGGCGAUUGCAUCAUCGAAGAAGCGAAAACGUGCACAUUCGUUUGAAACGAAUCCGUCGGUGCGCAAAAGACAGCAAAAUCGUUUGUUGCGAAAACUCCGCGGCAUCAUCUACGAGUUUACUGGUCGCGUGGGCAAGCAAGCUGUGGUGCUGGUGGCCACACCUGGGAAACCAAAUACCAGCUACAAAGUGUUUGGCGCAAAACCACUAGAGGAUGUGGUGCGAAAUCUCAAGAACAUUGUUAUGGACGAAUUAGAGAAUGCUUUGGCCCAACAGGCUCCACCGCCACCACAAGAGGACCCAUCACUUUUCGAGUUACCCCCUUUGAUUAUCGAUGGCAUACCGACUCCCGUGGAGAAAAUGACACAGGCACAGCUGCGCGCUUUUAUUCCCUUAAUGUUGAAGUAUUCGACAGGUCGUGGCAAGCCUGGCUGGGGACGUGAGUCGACCCGUCCUCCGUGGUGGCCAAAGGAAUUGCCUUGGGCAAAUGUACGCAUGGAUGCACGCUCGGAAGAUGACAAGCAGAAGAUCAGCUGGACGCAUGCACUACGAAAAAUCGUCAUCAAUUGCUACAAAUACCAUGGCCGAGAGGAUUUGCUACCCACAUUUGCCGAUGAUGACGAUAAGAUUGAAAUGUUGGAAGGCGAAGAGGACGAUGAAAUGGAUGAGCAUGAACCCUCGACGACAACAACAACUGUACAAACGGUAGCUAAUGCUGCAACGAAUACAACAAAUGUGAGUAUGGUACUUUGGUAAUAAACACAUACAUUAGAGAAUUCCGAUAUUUAUUUAAAGACGCUUCUCAAUCGAAAUUUUUCGACAACAAAAACUAUUACAAUAUUUUUACUUAGUACGGUUUAUAUUAAGUAAAUGCAUUUAAACAAAACCAUUUGGCAUAAAGGCAUCGAAAAUUACGAUAAUAAGUUUGAAGGGUAACCCGAAGCGGCUAAAAAACUAUAUAAAAAAGAACACUUAACAAUACAUACUGGUCAAUCGUGUUAGAUCGGCUAUCGAAAUUGAAUAUCUUGAUUUGCAGCUAAAAAAUGGCACUUGUUGAUAAAUCCAGUCCAAGUCGUUACCCUAAUACAGAAAGGUCCUAACCAAAUUUCCUCCUAAUCCAGCUUUGCACAAAAGUAGCAAAUUAAUUACAGUAUUCAAUAAAAAACAACAGAACAUAUCGCUCAUAUAA